AUGAAUCCAGAAUACGAUUACCUCUUCAAGCUCCUCCUUAUCGGUGAUUCCGGUGUAGGAAAGUCCUGUCUGUUAUUGCGAUUUGCAGACGACACAUACACGGAGAGUUAUAUCUCCACUAUCGGUGUUGAUUUCAAAAUCCGCACGAUCGAGUUGGACGGCAAGACCGUCAAGUUACAAAUUUGGGACACCGCUGGACAAGAGCGUUUCCGCACAAUCACAUCAUCGUACUACCGGGGCGCUCACGGUAUCUGCGUUGUGUACGAUGUCACCGACAUGGACUCGUUCAACAACGUAAAGCAAUGGUUACAGGAAAUUGACAGAUACGCAACAGAGGGUGUAAACAAGUUGCUCGUUGGCAACAAGAGUGAUAUGUCGGACAAGAAGGUUGUGGAUUACACUGUCGCGAAGGAAUUCGCUGACAGUCUUGGUAUUCCAUUUCUCGAGACUUCAGCCAAGAAUGCCAGCAACGUCGAGCAGGCUUUCUUGACCAUGGCCCGCCAAAUCAAAGAACGUAUUGGCACAACCACAGCAAACAACAAGCCAGCAGUACAAGUUGGACAGGGACAAGGCGUACAAUCGGGGUCUGGAGGUGGAUGCUGUUAG